AUGACGUGCUUUGGAGUUGGAGUGGCGAGCAUCUCUCGACGCGCCCCAAAAGGGAAGCGCGGUCGCAUCAUGCUGUCACUCAUGUGCUCGAGCUCCAUCAUGGACUGUUCCAGAGACGACAUGGGGUACCAGAAGCGCGGUCGUACGAGAUCCCACGAGCUGAACAUGGUUGCGUAA